CCUAGUCUCAGAAUCAGACAUAAUCUAGAAGCCGACAUGGACGCACGCUUACUGCUGACUUUGGUGCUCAUAGCUCUAGUCAAGGGUGAGAAGGAGGACCCUCCGCCCACACGGUCCCGACCCGGGAAGUACGUCCCGGAACUACAUGGAGGUGCUGGCUGGUAUGUGCCAGAUAAUAGUGGAAAGUAUCGUCACGAUCCGCGGCCAUACGACGGGGGUUAUGGAGAUCGAGGGGAGCCGUAUUCCGCCGACUUGCGUGGUAUUUUCCGGAAGGCCGAGGAGCAGCUGGAGGCCCGGGUCCAGGAGGCCAGUGAGCGGCUAUUCCUUGGUCCCCGCGACCACCUGCGUUUCAUGAUCGACUUUAAUUUCAACGGUACUGGCUGGCAGAUUAUCGAGUUCCAGUGGGUACGCGAUGGCGAUGAAUCUCAUCAGGAUUCCAAGCAAAUCAGCUACUUGAAUGAAAAUAAACUAUGGGAGAACGGCCAUGGGGAUCAGAGCUACGAUUACCAGCAACCAGCAGAGGAAUGCGAGGAGAGCUGCCAGUCGGGGUACAAGGAUCCUGUUCCGGAGCCUUUUUCAGAGCCAGAGCAAGAAAAAACACCCAGCACAAACAUCAAUUCCGAAAAAGAUCCAAUUAAAGUUUACAAUACCAUUAAUGAAGUCCUGGAGUAUAUUCAGCAACACAUUUUGCCCACUCUGACAUAAAUUUUAUUAAAAUGGCUUACAUAUUUGUAAA